AUGUCCAUUUCUACCAUUUCCACAGAAUCCAUUUCUACAAAAUCCUUAUCAACGAAUAUUUCCGAGAAGAAAUGUAGUCCUGAUUAUAAUAAAGGGCAAAAAGUUGAAUGUUUGGUAGUAGAUUCUGGUCCUUUAAUUAAAGGAACAAGUAUUCGUUCAUUUGCUGAAAAACUUUAUACUGUUCCUGAGGUCAUAUCCGAAAUUCGAGAUAAACGUUCUCGUGAUUUUUUGAAUCAAAUCUCAUUCGAUAUUCAAGUUAAAGUACCAUCAGAUGAAGCAUUGAAAGAGGGCAGUUUGUCUGCUGUUGAUCUAAGGGUUUUGGCCUUAACUUAUAUGCUUGAGGUUGAAGCCAAUGGUACUGAGCGGUUAAGAAAAGAACCUGUAAAAUCUCGUACGCAGUUGGGUGGUGAUAAUAAAAAUUCCACCAAAGAUCCCAAAACGAAAUCCGAAGAAAAACGUAUAAUUGUCGAUCAGCAGCAAAUUGAUGAAGCGAAUUUAGUGUCAAAUUUAGAACAUUUACAACUCCAAGACACCUUAGUUGAGGCACCUAGUUCAGAAAGAGACGAGAGUGAUUUGGUUAUGGGAGAUGAUGGAGUAACUGUAGAAAGUCGGCAAGUUGAUUAUGAUGACGAUGAUUUUGGAUGGAUCACCCCGGAUAACAUUGAUGAAUAUCAAGCAAAAGAACAAAAGUUUGUUUUCAAUUUAAAAAAAGAUGAUGAAAAUAUGAAAAUUGCUUGUAUGACGACAGAUUAUUCUAUGCAAAAUGUUCUGUUACAAAUGCGGUUAAAUUUGAUAUCGGUUGACGGAAAGAGGAUCAGAAAGGUGAAGAACUGGGUUCUUCGAUGCCACGCAUGUUACAAGAUAACUACAAAUAUGGAGAAACAAUUUUGUCCUAAUUGUGGAAAUGCAACUUUAAUUCGUACAUCUACGAGUACGGACGCGAAUGGUAACGUGAUUUAUUACUUGAAAAAGAAUUUUCAAUACAAUUUACGCGGAAGCAAGAUACUAAUUAAUCAUUAUUUAUUUCACUCAAAGUAUUCAAUACCAAAUCCAAAAAGUAGUCGUCAUGUCAAGAAUCUUAUUCUUCGUGAAGAUCAAAAAGAAUAUCAAAAGGCAUUAAAAGAUCAAAGAAGACAAAAGGAAAUUGAUAUUUUUGAUCCUGAUUAUAUUCCAAGACUCUUAAUCGGAUCAAAUCUUUCAAAAUCUAAUACACCAGUUAUUGGUUAUGGUCGUAGAAAUCCAAAUGAAGCUAGACGAGGAAAAAACAAAGGGAGAAAAAAGCGAUAA